AUGGCGAGUGAGAAGAACAAGGUAAAGCGAAAAGGAAAUGAUGAAAACGACGACGACAGAACCAAAAAGAAAAACAAAAGUACCGAAUCAAACGAAGACCCACUGCGUUUCUUCGUGAAUCAAUUCCAAGCUGCGAACGGUGUACACCUCUCUUCCAUCGAACUGGAAUCCCUGAAAGACUCAAGCAUUUUGAAGCUAUCAAAUUCUGAAGCUACAGAUACUGAUUUAGAUGUGAAAUUCAUGGCGGGUGAUGUUAAAGCUUCGUUUGGCGAUUCAUGGAGAAAGGUUCUUUGUGAGAGUGAUCUUGUCGAAGGGAAAAUUGUUGCUGGUAGUCCUUCUGUUCUUGUUGUGUCUUACUCUGCUUUGAGAUCUAUACAUCUUUUGAAAGGGUUUCGGUCUGUUACGAAACUCUGUAGUUCUGUUAAGUUGUUUUCCAAGCAUAUCAAACUUCAACAACAGAUUUCUUUGUUGAAAAACCGUGUUAACAUUGCUAGCGGCACGCCAAGCAGGAUUAAGAAGCUCAUUGACAUUGAGGCGUUGGGCCUUUCAAGGUUAAAAGUACUUGUGCUUGAUAUUCAUCCCGAUGUAAAGGGCUUUUCCUUGUUUACCCUUCCACAAGUCAGAGAUGAAUUUUGGGACUUGUUCAAGAAUUAUUUCUAUCAACCAAUGAUUCAAGGUGAUCUGCGCAUCUGUCUCUACGGUCCAUGCAAACCGGCUGCUGGUUUUAAAGGCAAAAAGGGAGUUCCCGUUCCUGAUGAAUAA